CGGCGGAGGCGGCGGAGGCCAGGGAGGAAGAUGUCGUAAUGAGCGGGGGCGAAUCUAUCAGACAACCUAUCAAUUGGGCUGAUGAUGUCAGUGUUCGAGUGGCUUCUAACAGGCAUUAAUACCUGUUGGAAAUGGAUUAUCAUUGGCUGGGACGAUUGAUGGAGUCUUGCUCUUGUCGCCCAGGCUGGAGUACAGUGGCACGAUCUUGACUCACUGCAACAUCCGCUUCCCGGGUUCAAGCGAUUCUCCUGCCUCAGCCUCCUGAGUAGUUGGGAUUACAGAUCCACAGACCAGCAUGGCUGCCACUGCUGCUGUGAGUCCCAGUGACUACCUGCAGCCUGCCGCCUCCACCACCCAGGACUCCCAGCCAUCUCCCUUAGCCCUGCUUGCUGCAACAUGUAGCAAAAUUGGCCCUCCAGCAGUUGAAGCUGCUGUGACACCUCCUGCUCCCCCACAGCCCACACCGCGGAAACUUGUCCCUAUCAAACCUGCCCCUCUCCCUCUCAGCCCCGGCAAGAAUAGCUUUGGAAUCUUGUCCUCCAAAGGAAAUAUACUUCAGAUUCAGGGGUCACAACUGAGCGCCUCCUAUCCUGGAGGGCAGCUGGUGUUCGCUAUCCAGAAUCCCACCAUGAUCAACAAAGGGACCCGAUCAAAUGCCAAUAUCCAGUACCAGGCGGUCCCUCAGAUUCAGGCAAGCAAUUCCCAGACCAUCCAAGUACAGCCCAAUCUCACCAACCAGAUCCAGAUCAUCCCUGGCACCAACCAAGCCAUUAUCACCCCCUCACCGUCCAGUCACAAGCCUGUCCCCAUCAAGCCAGCCCCCAUCCAGAAGUCGAGUACGACCACCACCCCCGUGCAGAGCGGGGCCAAUGUGGUGAAGUUGACAGGUGGGGGUGGCAAUGUGACGCUCACUCUGCCCGUCAACAACCUCGUGAACGCCAGUGACACCGGGGCCCCUACUCAGCUCCUCACUGAAAGCCCCCCAACCCCGCUGUCUAAGACUAACAAGAAAGCAAGGAAGAAGAGCCUUCCUGCCUCCCAGCCCCCUGUGGCUGUGGCUGAGCAGGUGGAGACAGUGCUGAUCGAGACCACCGCGGAUAACAUCAUCCAGGCAGGAAAUAACCUGCUCAUUGUUCAGAGCCCUGGUGGGGGCCAGCCAGCUGUGGUCCAGCAGGUCCAGGUGGUGCCCCCCAAGGCCGAGCAGCAGCAGGUGGUGCAGAUCCCCCAGCAGGCUCUGCGGGUGGUGCAGGCGGCAUCUGCCACCCUCCCCACUGUCCCCCAGAAGCCCUCCCAGAACUUUCAGAUCCAGGCAGCUGAGCCGACACCUACUCAGGUCUACAUCCGCACGCCUUCCGGUGAGGUGCAGACAGUCCUUGUCCAGGACAGCCCCCCAGCAACAGCUGCAGCCACCUCUAACACCACCUGUAGCAGCCCUGCAUCCCGUGCUCCCCAUCUGAGUGGGACCAGCAAAAAGCACUCAGCUGCAAUUCUCCGAAAAGAGCGUCCCCUGCCAAAGAUUGCCCCAGCCGGAAGCAUCAUCAGCCUGAAUGCAGCCCAGUUGGCGGCAGCUGCCCAGGCAAUGCAGACCAUCAACAUCAAUGGUGUCCAGGUCCAGGGCGUGCCUGUCACCAUCACCAACACAGGCGGGCAGCAGCAGCUGACAGUGCAGAAUGUUUCUGGGAACAACCUGACCAUUAGUGGGCUGAGCCCCACCCAGAUCCAGCUGCAAAUGGAACAAGCCCUGGCCGGAGAGACCCAGCCCGGGGAGAAGCGGCGCCGCAUGGCCUGCACGUGUCCCAACUGCAAGGAUGGGGAGAAGAGGUCUGGAGAGCAGGGCAAGAAGAAGCACGUGUGCCACAUCCCCGACUGUGGUAAGACGUUCCGUAAGACGUCCUUGCUGCGUGCCCAUGUGCGCCUGCACACUGGCGAGCGGCCCUUUGUCUGCAACUGGUUCUUCUGUGGGAAGAGGUUCACACGGAGUGACGAGCUCCAACGGCAUGCUCGCACCCACACAGGGGAUAAACGCUUCGAGUGUGCCCAGUGUCAGAAGCGCUUCAUGAGGAGUGACCACCUCACCAAGCAUUACAAGACCCACCUGGUCACGAAGAACUUUUGCCUGAGGCAAAAUCUUCAACUUGGCAGUUCGGCUUCCUUUGUCUCUUCCCUUGGAGAGCUCGGAGAGGGGACUCCAGAGGAGGGAGCUGUGGUCUCUCAGAGCGAUCCACACUGGGACCAAGAGCUAAUAAGAACUCAGGGGUUGCGAUGUUGUGCAGAUUAAGAUUGGAGCUAGCUCAGUACAUGUGUUUAAGCCCCACAGGGCCCUGAAGAGCAUCCGGCCUGAAGAGACAGGCAAGUCCACCUCAAGCAUGUAGAGGACAGCAUGUGCUUUCACUCACCCUCGAAAGGACACAGCUGGGAUUGCUGUUCUGUUCAGGAGUGGUGAGGCUCGUUUUGAGCUGUCCAUUCCCCUGCUCUGUUCCCUUUGUCACCAGCCACCUGUGUCUGCCAGCAAACAGCUUUUCCUUAGAGCCAGUCAACCCUCAAAUGGCUGAAAAAGUAAAAAGCCCACAGAUCUCAGAUGGAUCCAGGUUCUCUGCCCUUCCCCUCUUCUUUGUUAACAAGCAGGGGGCCUUUCCUAUCCCUACGGAAGCCGUUUGGGCAAUACUAGACCACCAGCUGAAUCUACCUUGACACAGCAGCCUCUUCCUCAGCCCCCCAGCUCUGCAUCUCAUCACCGCACUGGCAGCAGGUGGAAGACAUGAGGUGUAUUUAUUCCUCAUGCGUGGACUGCAUGACUAGAAAACUGCCUUGCUGUGUUCUGAAUAAGGGGAUUGGUAGAGACAAGGGGAAUAUUAACAAAGUGACCUCUUUCUGCCACAUGUUUCCCUUGGCUUUGCUCUCAGGCACAAAGAAUGAUCCUUUCCUGGGAGCUGAUUUCAAGCCAUGUGCUUUAUGCUUCCAGUACAGAAACUGACCUGACUCCCCAGCAUCAUUUGGAAAUGAAGGUGCCAGCCACCAGCUGGGCAGGAUGAGCAUUUCCCGUGUAGGAUUUCCCUUCUCCAGUGAGAUGGGGGUUCAAAAGUUAUGUCUGGUCAUCUCUGCCUCCCUUGGGAUGGCUAAGAGUGAGAGAAUGUAUUCUGCCUAGCUGAGUGAUGGCACCAGGAAAGCACAGAAAGACUUGUGGGCGAAUUAACCCUGCUGUGGCUUUAACCUAUCCAUUAUUUGAGAGUUGCAGGGGAACUGUUGAAGGUGUGAUGCAGUCUAAGCUCACCCUAGGCAAGAGGCUCCCACAGACACCUGAUCCUGAUGGGCCCUUGAUGAAAAUCUGGGUGCAGUUCAAGGGUAGGGGCCCCACAUGUGUAGUUCCUCCUCUGUCCUCUACCAUCCCGUGUCAUGUGCACCAGAGCCCAUCCUUCAUGCCCCUCCUGUCUGUCCAGCUGACACUUGGCAUUGCGCUCAUUAUACCAGAGCCUAGGAUUCCAUGCCUGGAAGAAAGGGGGACUGGGCAGGAUUUCCCUCCCAAAGGCAAAUCCAGGCAUUAUAUGUACUUUUUUUUUUUCUUUAACAAAACCAGCAAAUGGGUCUUCCUUGCCCUUCCUUCAAACCACCCAGUCCAUUUUUACAAUCAUCUUUCCCGCUGGGCACAGUGGCUCAUGCCUGUAAUCCCAGCACUUUGGGAGGCCGAGGCGGGUGAAUCACUUGAGGUCAGGAGUUCGAAACCAGCCUGGCCAACAUAGUGAAACCCUGUCUCUACUAAAAAAUAUCAUAAUUAGCCAGGCGUGGUGGCGCAUGCCUGUAGUCCCAGCUAUUCGGGAGGCUGAGGCAGGCAGGAGAAUUGCUUGAACCCAGGAGGCAGAGGUUCCAGUGAGCUGAGAUUGUGCCACUGCACUCCAGCCUGGGUGACAGAGCAAGACUCUGUCUCAAAAAAAAGAAAAAAAAUCAUCUUUCCAGUGCCCUUGUGAGGCCCCAGGCUUGUUUGAUGACAGUGCUGACGUUACAGCCCGCCACACAUGACAUAUUUUGAGAAAGACAGGAUGGAGCAAGAGAAGGGUUCAGACCUAUCCCCAAGCCCAGGGUAGAUGUGUAGGAGCCCUGAGCGGAUGGAUGCAAGCUGUCCUGGUCUGAGUGCAGAGAAUGGGGUGUUCAGGUUCUCCAUUUGAGUCUUCCACUGCCCAAACCUGAGGCCCCUUUAAAGGUUGCCCCUUAAAGUUGCCACACCCAGAAAUUGGGCCAAAGAAGUUAAGCUGUUGAUUAUUUCAAUUCUGAAUAAAAAUGAAGGCGUCUUCUCUGCCUCCUAAGGCCUGGUCUGAUCUUGGCUCCUUCAUCACUAGAACCUUCCUGAGCAGUGGUCUGGGACCCCUCCCCUUCCUCCCUCCACCUGUGUUUCAGAGCCCUCCUAGUCAGCAUGGGCUUCACCUCAAACCCCACUGCUAUUCUCUCUUCUUCCUGGGGUU